AUGGGUGCGGGUUUUUCUCCAGGUGUGGGUUUCUCGCCUCACUUUACCAAAAAAAUCACACUCUUUAAGUUGGAGCACACCAACAUGAAAUUUGUCGAAAUGGCAGAUGGUCUGAUAAUUCACACCAAAAACGAAGGAUUUGUGAUCACCGACGAUGACUUGGACUAUGACAAAAUUGAUGUUAACAAAGAAAUUAAAAAUCUGUUUUCUAUUGGAAACACAACAAAUUACAAAGUCAAGAUUCAGUUCACCACUAAAACAAAUGAGAAGUACAUAAUUUCAUUUGACCCACAAAUAAUAACAAUUCCUCCAAAUUAUGGGUGCGAGUUCAGUCUCUUUUUGACGCCACUGUGCAACUCGAAUAUGGAAAGUAGUUUUGUGAUCAAUUACGUCAUCUUCGCAAAUGACGCCAAAACAUGUAUACAUCAGAUGGACUUUAAGUACACCACCAAAAUAUCAACACGACUUGAUCCAGACAGUCUGAUUGAAGAGAAACAACUUGGUGAAGGCUCUUUUGGUGUUGUCUACAAAGGAAAAUUUGGAGGGAAUACAGUUGCUAUCAAAAAGAUGAAAAACGCCACCAACUCAAAAGACCAAAUGGCUGAAUUUGAGAAGGAAGUGUCAAUGCUUGAUAAAUUUAGGUGUGAUUAUAUUGUCCACUUCUAUGGCGCCGUUUUCUUUCCCAACAAAAUAUGUAUGGUCACUGAAUUUGCUGAGUUUGGGUCUGUGUGUGAUAUGUUGAAAAACAAAGACGCAAAAGAUGUGGAUAUGAAAUUGCGUAUCAAAAUGUGUUUUGAUGCAGCAAAGCGGUUGUCUUAUUUACAUAAAAAUGGAAUACUUCACAGAGACAUCAAGCCAGACAAUGUAUUAUUAUUUUCAUUGAAUCCAAACGAUGUUGUGAACGGCAAAUUGACUGAUUUUGGAUCAAGCAGAAAUAUUAACAUGAUGAUGACUAACAUGACAUUCACAAAAGGAAUCGGAACACCAAAAUAUAUGGCACCUGAAGUGUUAAAUAAAGAAAAGUAUAAAAUGCCUUGUGAUAUUUAUUCACUUGCAAUUUCAUUCUUUGAAAUCAUUGGAUGGGCAGAACCAUUUCCUAAAAAGAGGUUCGAACAUCCAUGGGAAAUAGCAGACUUUGUUGGGAAGGGAAACCACCUCACUUACAAUGAAAACUUUUGCAUUGAGACACAAGAAAUGAUAAACUCUAUGUGGGAUAUCAAACCUAAAAAACGAAUUUUAUGCGACGAAAUUGUGAAAAGACUCGAAACCAUUUUUUCCAAAUUCCAAUAA